AUGGCCGGCGCCCCCAGCCCGCUCUGCCUGGCCCUGCUGCUGCUCGGGGCGGUGGGCAGGGCCGGCCCCCGCCCCCAGGGUGCCACUGUGUCCCUCUCAGAGACAGUGCAGAAAUGGCGAGAAUACCGACACCAGUGCCAACGCUUCCUGACUGAGGCUCCACCCCCAGCCACAGGCCUGUUUUGCAAUCGGACCUUCGAUGAGUAUGCCUGCUGGCCAGACGGGCUGCCGGGCUCCUUCGUGAAUGUCAGCUGCCCCUGGUACCUGCCCUGGGCCAGCAGUGUGCUGCAGGGCCACGUGUACCGGUUCUGCACAGCCGAGGGCCUGUGGCUGCGCCAGGACAACUCCAGCCUGCCCUGGAGGAACCUGUCUGAGUGCGAGGAGUCCAAGCGAGGGGAGAGAAGCUCCCCAGAGGAGCAGCUCCUGUCCUUUUCCAUCAUCUACACGGUGGGCUACACACUCUCCUUCUCCGCUCUGGUCAUCGCCUCGGCCAUCCUCCUGAGCUUCAGACACCUGCACUGCACCCGGAAUUACAUCCACCUGAACCUGUUUGCGUCCUUCAUCCUCCGAGCGCUGUCCGUCUUCAUCAGGGACGCGGUCCUCAAGUGGAUGUACAGCACAGCCCCCCAGCAGCACCAAUGGGAUGGACUCCUCUCCUACCAGGAUUCUCUGGGCUGCCGCCUGGUGUUCCUGCUCAUGCAGUACUGCGUGGCGGCCAAUUACUACUGGCUCCUGGUGGAGGGCGUGUACCUGUACACGCUGCUGGCCUUCUCAGUCUUCUCCGAGCAGCGCAUCUUCAGGCUCUAUCUGAGCAUAGGCUGGGGUGUCCCCCUGCUGUUUGUUAUCCCUUGGGGCAUUGUCAAGUACCUCUAUGAGGAUGAAGGCUGCUGGACCAGGAACUCAAACAUGAAUUACUGGCUCAUUAUCCGGCUGCCCAUUCUCUUUGCCAUUGGGGUGAACUUCCUCAUCUUUGUCCGGGUCAUCUGCAUUGUGGUGUCCAAACUGAAAGCCAAUCUCAUGUGCAAGACGGACAUCAAGUGCAGACUUGCCAAGUCCACACUGACGCUCAUCCCCCUGCUGGGAACCCAUGAGGUCGUCUUUGCCUUUGUGAUGGAUGAACAUGCACGGGGGACGCUGCGCUUCAUCAAGCUGUUCACAGAGCUCUCCUUCACCUCCUUCCAGGGGCUGAUGGUGGCCAUCUUGUACUGCUUUGUCAACAAUGAGGUCCAGAUGGAGUUUCGGAGGAGCUGGGAGCGCUGGCGGCUCAAGCACUUGCACAUCCAGAGGGACAGCAGCAUGAAGCCCCUCAAGUGUCCCACCAGUAGCCUGACCAGCGGGGGCACGGUGGGCAGCAGUGUGUAUGCAGCCUCCUGCCAGGCCUCCUGCAGCUAAGCCCCCCAGCCCCUACCCUUCCUGUGGUCUCGCUGCUGGCUGGGUGGCCACCCUGGGUGGGAGAGACCCUGCCAGGGCUGGGGAAGGGAGGGACGCACGCACACACCCAUUCCUGCUUUCCCUUCCCAAACCCAUCAGGCAGGCAAUGGGCAGUGCCUCCUGGGACCCGUGGCUACAUUUCCUCUGUGGAGAAACAGCCUAGUAAUUUGAUCACUAUGGCAGGAGAGAAAAAAUGUUGCUAAAAUGAGGAGGAUUUCUUCCCGUUAAGCCACUAGGUCCCUGGGGUUCCCCAAGACAGAGCAGCAAAUCAGCCCCAGACUUGCACUCAAGGUCAGUGGCUUAUUAGUGGGAUUGGGCUUGCAAGAGGAGGUGGUUCUGAAAGAGGCUCACAUAACCUCAGCCAAGCAGAGCUUAGGGAACGUGAGCCAAGUCUGCUGGCCUCCAGUUAGGUCACCAUUGCCACCCCCCACUGCCUCCUCAUUAAGGGGCACUGUUCACAUUGCUUGUUCAUCUCGCUCCCUCAUCUCGCCACCUCGCCUUUGGGGGCCUUUGGUUGGGCCACCGGCAGCUGUUUCUAGAAGUGCUGACAAUGAACACUGAGAAGGUGCCUGAUGGUUUCCUUCGCUGGUGCCCACUUCUCCCGUGGGUGUUUGACCUGCUUUGGUGGCUGCUCCCACUAUGUCCAGGGAACCGGGGCAAGUCCACUGCUGAGGAGCCCAGCUCUUGGCAUGAACUCUGAAUUCUAUUCUAGAGUUGCUCCAGAAUCCUCUAGGGUUCAACUAGGGAACUUGAGGAAUAUUUGCACUGGGAGAGCUACAGUGUACCUGCAACUGUCGGGAACCUAGAAGGCCGAGAGCUUUACUUCCACCUCUCCGUGGAAAUGCUUUUUAUUUGUGACCAGACUAUGGGAGUUUGGGGGUGCCCUCUAACUUUAAGAGAUGUGACCAAAAAGAGACUUCUGGGGAAACUACCUGUCGCCACUGUUACCAUGGAGGCAGUCUUCCCCUAUCCUUGGUUUCUUCCCCCUUGAAAUUCUCCUGCUUGGAAGCCUGUAUAUAUACUUAAUGCAUUUUUCUUUAUUGCCGUGAAUAGUCUGCAUGUGCAAGUGUGCAAUUCUGACUCCUCCCACCUGAUGGAAAAAAGAACUAAAUCAUUGUGAUUGUGAUAUUUUUGGGGGAGUGGGGUAGUUGAUUUGACUCACCUACAUUUUGAGCUAAUCAAUGUUUUCCCUGCCUCUAGUUUGAUCCCAUAAAUAAUGACCAGCAGACAGGCUAGAGAGGAGAAACCUAUCAGUCCUGCCCCAGCCAUGGUGAGAGGGCAGACCUGUAGCAGCACCACGGAGACCCAGACAAAAGCGAAACAGCCAUCCAAGGGAGUUUGUGGAUGCAAAGGAAGUUUCCAGAGCAGGAGAAAACUCUUAGGAGUCCCGACCUCCUGGGAAGGCAGAGAGAGAAGCUUCGGAUGAAUUCCUUUAUGAGUCCAUCUCUCCCUCCUUCCCCUUUGUAAGUGGUGGGGGACCCUCCCCAAAGCCUUGCACCAGACAUAUUUUCCUGUGCCUCUCAGAGAGCCAUGUGAUGGAUGUACGGGGAAAAUAAUAAUGGGACAUAAAACACAUCAAGCAGAAAAUUUCUUAUACUUCA